UAGAUACAGCCACCAAAGAUUUCUCGUUCAAACGUGCUAAAAGAAGGGUGGCCAAAAGAGAACUUAAUGAAUCAUUAAACUUCGAGCUCAAUUUAAGUACGAUGGCAAACCAAUUUCGAGAACUGAGAAAUUUUAGCUUAUUGUACCAUCGCAUGUCUGUAUCAGAACUACAACAAAAAGUUCCUAAUAUUCCUUGGUUGGAGUACUUGAAUUCAGUAUUAAACGUACCCACAAUUACCAUUAAAGCAUCUGAUGUAAUCAUAGCAGCACCUCCUAUCUAUUUCUCAGAGUUAGAGAAAUUGCUCCUCAAUACACCAAAAAGAGUACAGGCAAACUAUCUUAUGUGGAAAACUGUCGAAUUUUCGCUACCUUACCUUACAGAGAAGUUGCUGCACAGUUCAACUACCGGUUGGAAGAAAUGUGUCAGUUUAACUGUAAAGAGUAUGCCAAUUGCCACCUGGGCUUUGUAUGUUCGGAAACAUUUCAACGAAAAUGCCAAGCAAGACGUUAUGGAAAUGGUUUCCGACAUCAGAAAAGUGUUUGUAAAUAUAGUAAAAAGGGCCGACUGGAUGGAUGUCGAAACAAAAAAAUAUGCUUUAGAAAAAGCCGAAGCUAUGUCGUCUUACAUUGCGUAUCCAGACGAAUUUCUCUCAGAUGAAACAUUGGAAGACUUUUAUAAGGAGUUGCAUGUGGAAUCCGACAACUUCCUAAAAAUAAUGCUGAGCACUAAUCUCUUUGGUUAUGAGAGUACAGCCAAACGUUUAGCACUGCCUGUGAAUCAAACCGAUUGGGUUAAAUCCGGACAAUCCGCUGGCGUUAAUGCAUACUACAAUGUACUAUCGAAUAGAAUAAUACUGCCUGCCCCAAUAUUGCAAGGCGUAUUUUUCAGUGAUGAUAGACCAUGGUAUAUGAACUAUGGGGGAAUAGGAUUGCUAAUCUCUCACGAAAUUGUUCAUGGAUUCGACAAUAAAGGCCGACAAUUUGACAAAUUUGGAAAUUUGGAUGAUUGGUGGACACCUUCCACAAACGAAAAGUUUAUAACAAAGGCCCAGUGCAUAAUUGAUCAGUAUGGAAACCAGUCCAUACCCGAAUUGGGAUUAAAUGUAAAUGGGUUUAAGACGCAAGGAGAAAAUAUAGCAGACAACGGCGGUAUAAGAAAUGCAUAUUUAGCAUAUAAUGAAUGGAUUCGGCGUAAUGGAAGGGAACGACUUCUUCCCGGGCUGAAUUAUACUGAUCGCCAAUUAUUUUGGAUUUCGGCUGCAAAUAUUGGGUGUAUAAAGAUGGAACCUGCUGUUGCGAAGAUGCUAAUCCGCAUAGACACUCAUUCUCCCGCCAAAUUUAGAAUAAAUCUACCUCUUAGUAAUACGGAUUAUUUUGCUAAAGAUUUUAAUUGCCGGAUAGGAAGCAAAAUGAACCCCGAUAAAAAGUGCGAGGUUUGGAAAUGAUUCGAAGUUUUUUUUUGGCGAUGAAUCAAUUCUAGAGUUUGUUUAUACAAUUCCUUUUAUCAAUUAUCUAUAUGUUGUUUGCUUUCUUUCUUACAGUAAGAGAGCGAAUAAGAAAAUGAUUAUUAUGUUAUUUAAUACUUAUUAAAAUAGUUUUAUGUAUAAUUAGA